UCGCUUAUAACCGGUCGCCCAACGAAAAUUUAAAAAUUCGUUAUGUAUAUUUUUUAUGGCUUCUCCAACGAGGGGCGGAAUUUGGAUAGCGGCGUCCGCUAGGGGUUGCUUGCCGGGUCGCUUCGCGCUUGCGCACGUAGUUCGCGCCACUGCUACGUCGCUUGCAAGCCAGAUGUUCUGAAAAGCUUCCUGUCGCCGUUCCAUUACUCCGCAUUUUAUCUAAUAAUUAAAUAUAAAAUGUGCACUAGGACCUUUGAAUUGUUUUUCGUAUCAAGUGAAAUAAUCAGUGAAUAAAGUAAAAUGUGUUGAAUAGACUGUGUGUUGCUACAUAAAAUUAUCGAGCGUCUCGAUGUCCACGAGUUCACUCGGGACCAACAAAGCGGCGGACAUUUUAUUUUGAGUACUCGAUAAUGUAGCGUUUGCGUCGAAAACAUUAAUGUCGUUUUAUGGUUAUAAAUUCUCAUAUCGUUCGCUUGCACCUUUCCGAUGCCGAGGGGGGUGAAGCGAGGGCCGGCGGAGGGCGAGGCCGAGGUGGUGGUUCGCGCCGGGGCGUCACCAUCGAAGACCACGCUUUUGGAUGACAGUCCUAAUCAGCCUAUCAGCUAUCAUCUGCUGGACCACGGCUAUGGAGCCACGCCGCAGCAUCAGAUCAGGCGCGAGGCACCCUCGGCACCGCCUAAAACAUCAGAAGCGGUGAAAAGAAGACUGAACUUGAGUGAGAGCAGUUCAGGGAGUCAGGGGCACGUGGUGCCGAUGAAGGCUGAUUUCAAGACGCCCAAGCAGAAACGCGUCAAAGUGCUCACGCCCUGUAGCCGACCGUCCAGUUCUAUGAAAAAAUACACCGAACGUUCCAGGUUUGACACAUCAUUAGGUUUACUCACAAAAAAGUUCGUCGCGUUGCUGAAGUCGUCGCCCAACGGAGUCCUCGACUUGAACAUCGCAGCGGAACACCUAUCGGUCCAAAAACGACGCAUAUACGACAUCACUAAUGUAUUAGAGGGUAUAGGAAUAUUAGAGAAGAGAUCCAAAAAUAAUAUACAAUGGAAAUAUGGGGUGGGCAGCGGCGGCGACAGCGGUUGCGGGGUGGAGGCGGACGAGUCGCGCGCGCGGCGGCUGCGGCGCGAGGUGCGCGUGCUGGCGGCGCGCGAGGCGCGCGUGUCCCGCGCCGUGGCCGUGGCCGAGCGCGCGCUCAGCUCCUUGUCGGCGGAGCACGACGGCCUCGCCUACAUCACCUACGCAGAUCUGCGGUCUAUCAAGGACUUUAGGAAUCAAACUGUUAUACCUAUCAAAGCGCCGCCCGACACUAUUCUCAGGGUACCUCAUCCCGACGAAAAGGGAUACAUGUUCUAUGUUAAGUCUAAAUCUGGUGAAAUAGAAGUCUUCCUAUGUCCUAAGGAACGGCCUCCUUCGCCGUCACCCCCAUACGAGCUUCUGCCCGAGCCGCCUCAGGAGGAUAACAAAGCGCUACUGGCGCCACUCAUCGCGCAACUCCAGCAUAUGCCUUCCAGCUCCAUCUCUGCGGACUACACAACUCCCAUCAAGCGCGAGCCGGCGGAGUGCGCGACGAGCAGCAGAUCGUCGGCGGCGUGGAGCGCUGACACCGCGUCCUCCUCGCACACGCCUCACCAACUCCACACGCCCGACGCGGGCACGGCUCGCGGGCGCCUGCGCAACGCCCUGAUCGCGGAGAGCGACGACUUCGCGCCCACCAUGGGCGGCGGCCGCUUCCAGCUGCAGACCGAGGACCAGGAGCAAGAACCGCUGGAGUUGCCGUUCCUAGCGCUGGAGCCGCCGAUGUCGGCGACGGACUACGGCUUCUGUCUGGACCACGACGAGGGGCUCUCGGAACUUUUCGACUUUGAGUUCUGUCCUCUCGACCAGAAACUCAGUCCGAUUAAAACCAAAUUAGUUUAAUUCGGUCGUAAGCGUGAUUUCAGGGUUAGCGAUUGUGUGUUCGAUGGUACGUAGGGUGAUAGACGUUUCCAAGUAAGAUUGUGUUUACGACCACUGCUGUUGGCGACUAUACACUUGUUUUAGUAUACGGUACAAUACAACAUGUAUGGAUGAAUGACGUCUGUUAUUGAUAUUAUCGGCUAUAAACGCAUAAUUUUGUAUAUAACAGUUUACAAUUGGUUAAGAAGUACAAUUGUUUUAUUUCGACAACUCAGGAUAAAAUUAAUAUUGCUUGUAUGUUUCGACAAUUCAAGUUCAAAAUAAUAUUGCUACUAUUAUCGAUAACAGAAGUGUAUUUAUUUGUAUGAGAUUGUGUUUCGUUCUUAACGUUUUGUUCAGGAUAUUGUUUUUAUGAUAGUGAUGUGCCGAAGUGAAGUGACGUUGCGUCCGCGAUGCCCGCAGGCGGACAUGGUUGUUCAUUAAUAUAUACAGUGAUAGUUCGGUGCGGUCGUCUGAUUACGCUUAUUUGUAUUAUACAUAUUGUUUAUAAUAAAUUAAUCUGACAUUACGUCAAGAACGGUUUGCGAUCUCCGUUUAAUGCCUUGAUAAAAUAUAGACACAUUGUUAGUCACGACAAUUUGAUAUGUCGUGAGCUUAUGUUAAUCAAGAAAGGAUGGUUGGUUUUAUCCUUCUCUUUCCUACAUUCACUACUUUCCUUCUGUUGUAAGUUAAAUUAUUUUUCAUAAUUUCAUAGAGGUAUAUUGUUAAAUCUGUAGUUAUGUUCAUUUGGAAUUAACGGUUAAUUAUAUUAGAUUUCAAUUUCGAUAACUUAACAUUGUUCUAACUUCAGCAUUAUAAUGUGCACCAUACAAUAACCAAAAAUAUAUAUAUUGAGCAUUUUAAGGUGCAAUAAAAUAAAAUUAACUUUAUGUUGCAUAGCUCUACAUAAGUAGAUACUGAUUUAUUUUUUAUUUUGAAUAUUGUGUAAUUUGGGGAUGCCUAAUAUUUAAGCCAUUAGUGCCGUAUGUCCGAGACAUUAUAUUGGUUCCAAUGUUCAUAAAAUGGACAGCUUUCAGGUACUCUUGUGUACUUACUGCUUUUAAAGUGAGAUCUUAAUAAUAUUAAAAAUAGUUUUGCGGAAUACGUUUUCCUUCGGAUAUUUGUUAUUUGUUUUUAGUUUGGUUUUGGUCUGUCCUCAAAGUACAUUGCGGCCUAAUGGCAUGCUUCAUUUUUGCCUCGAUGUCAUUGUAUUAUUUCUCCAUCGCAUGUAGAUGCCUAUUUUAAUUUUAUGUUUAACUUUUUUCAUUUUUGACAAGCUGAAUAAUUGUAUUUAGCUAACUAUUUUAAGAGAGAUCAGUUAAGAGAGAAGCUGUGAAAGGAAUGAGUUAAAAGUACCAUAGUUUAACCUAUGUGUUUGGAAGUGUCAUGUUUGCUUAUUAUGUACUUACAUAACUCCAUCAUGUAAGGAAGUUAAAAGGCAGCGCUCUUGAUCAUCUUUCUCACAAUAUUUUAAAUUUACAUUUCAUAAGUUCCAGAUAGUAAUAUUUUUGAAAACGAAAGGUGAAUAAGAGCGUUGACAUGCUUCUCUUAAUCAAUCAUACUGUAUUCACUACAAGUACCGGUUUUAUUCAGGCUACUCUGAGCGCACUUUGCGCAUAUACCUAUAGAUAUUAGCAAUGCUGAUAUCAAGGAUGGAAGUGGUCAUGGCUGCUUGUUUGAUGAAGGGAAUUGUGACGAAAUAAUAUUUUCACAAAGACACGAGAUAUUCUUAGCAACUCGCUUGAAAUUUUAAAGUUCUUUUGUAGAUAUUUGUGUAGUGUCGUUGAGUCCAGUGGCCCUCGUCAAGCCAGCGUCGUGCCGCGGCGGCGCCGCUGUACAUACUCGCUCAAAGCCCGGCGCCGCCUGUACAUAUUACGAUGUAAUGAACAGUGAUAUCUUAGCGGCCUUCGAUUUUACUUGUAAAGCUAGUUCUAGUUCCCAUCCCACACUCGCGCCGUUGACGGCGUUAGCAUGUUUGUAUCGCCCGUUCCGUUUCCAUAACAGAGUUUGCCAAAUAUUUAGUUCAUACCUGAAUUACGAUUUUUUUAUAUAGUUUAUUUAGUUGUCUUUGUAAAUAGCCGCGGGUCGGGCGAGCGGUGGACGCUUGUAUAUUUAUAACGAUGAUUUAAAUAAUUAAGUACAAAAGGCAGGAACGUUAUAGUGCUUCUUAACGCGCUUCUUAUAUCGUUUUGUACUUGUAAUUAAAGAUAUCGGGCGUGCUAGUUACUGCGAAUUAGAUUUAAAUAUAGCAAAUAGCCGAUGAGAGGCACUGUAACGCCGUAGUAUAUAACGCAUUACCUCACGUCCAGAAUCGGCCGCGUCCGCCCCGGCCCGGCCCGCUCGUAAUGUACAGCACAAAUUCAUUGUAAAAACUUACUAAUAAGUGCAUAUCAAAUAAUUUUAAUGUUAGACUUAAUUUGGAGGCGUGUGGGAGCGUUGAAUGCGCAGGCGGCAAGUUGCGGGUGAAACUGGAUGCAAUAAUAUUCGCGUUAGUUAGUUAAUAAGUCGCGUUAUUUCAAAUGUUUCGCUUUCGGACGACAAAAUGCUUAUUUUUUGUAUUAUAAUAAGACCGGUUCAAUAAGUAAUAGUUGAAACUGAAUUAUGAUUAUUGCACAAAUCGUUUGCCUGGCUCUUGUUGGCUGUCACCGUUUACGUCGCGACUAUUCCGCCGAACUUUUCGUUAGUAUUAAAAUUGUAAUUUUAUUUAUAAAUCAAUGGUGUUAUUUUAAUAUCGUUUGUUCUGUGAGAUCAAUCAUUCACUCAUUAAGUUCAUUGUGCAUCACCUAGCUCGCUUAAGUAUUGGAUUCAAUGAAAUGAAAGUAUGACAAAUGAAUUUAUACACACGUUUUGUUUCAAUAUUUUUAACGAUUAAGUUUUAUUUUUGGCUGAUAGUUAUUUUAAAUUUUUUUAAUCACAAUGUCGUUGUCGAAAUAUCCAGUGAAAAGUAAAUUUUGAUUUUAAAACGAAGUUAAUUAAAUGCUAAGUUUCGUGUGAGUUGACCAAGAUUGUUAACAUAUAUUUUUUCGAGGCAAAUCAUAACUACUAGCCACAGCGGUCUGAUAUAUUGUCGACAAUUUUUAUCAAAAUUGAUCUUAAAAUUAUUAGUUUACAAAUUGAAUCAUUUGUGACAUAAAUUCUGGGGCCAAUUAUGCGAGAAGGGAAGUACAAAUUUAACAAGAUUUCUCGUAAUUUAGUUUAGGAUUUUUACGCAGUUUUCAAGUUGAUGUGAGUCGAUUCACUGUGUUGCAACAUUUAGAUUUCGUCGAAUUUAUCCCUAGACUAUAUAUUUACAUAAAAUUUAUUGUGGUAAUAUGCAAAUAAUUUGCCUUUUCAAAAUACCAUCAAUUUUUUUGGUAAUAUUUUUUUUAUCGUUCAUCUAAUCGUUUAUGCUUUUAGGUUUUUUUGCUCCAGUACCAUUGGUAAAGUUCCGCUUUUAACUUGGUUAUCGGUAAGAUGAUUUACGUACUAUACGGCUUUCUAAUAUAAUACUAGUCUGGGCACAACUGAAAAAAUCACAUUAUUAUCUACCGUCAUCUCCACGAGUUAAAAAUGAAACUUUUUUAUCUUAUAUUUCUGUAAAAUUAUAGCAAAUAAUUAAAAAUGCAACGAAACUAAUUUAAUGUCGUCUACGACGGCGCACAGGGUCCCGUAAUGUAGAUACAGAUGUUUACCUCAUUUGUAUCGGUAACAACGCUUUUGGUCUAUUAGCAUGUUCUUAAAUUUAUACUAAGCGAAAUAUUGACUUUACUUUGCACUGUUUAAGCCCACAUUCAUAUUAGAAACAAUAUGGUGUUUUCAAAAAUGUAACUUUUGGUUUUUAAAGCUAAGCUUUAUAGCUCGAUUAUGUUCAAACUUUUAUUUCUAGCACAGGUUGGCCACUCCCGAUAAAAUGUAUUAAUCAAAUGUUGUUUUGCACACUGGGAUAGUUUGUGCAGGUGUUAGGUUUGAGUGACGCCAGGGUUGGCGCCAAAAUCGUAUUGCGUUCGGGAACUCGGUUCGAUCCUAGUCAGCCGGUAACUGAAUAUGGGCAGGGCCCAUUUCAGUGGGGGGUAGGGAGUGGCCGUCCUGUAUGGCAAUAUACUGUACUUCUAGUCUAUAAAGGCUGACGACGUACACUACAACAAUUGUAAUUGUAAUCUGAGGUGCUGAAUAUCUCACAGACACUGUAUGUUUGUAUCGUCCUGUUUACUUGUAGUCUAGAAGUCUCGCCCGUGCCCUCUUGUUUGUAACAGUAGGGGUAAAUAAAUAGUCAUGAAUAGCCAGAUUGGAUUCGAACGUUAAUUUUGCCUCAGGUGCAGGUUGGAUUACGAUUCCUUUCUAAAUUUUAUUAUAAAUUUUAUUUGUCUUUUUUAUUUGUCUUUGGAAAGUUUGCAUGGGUCAGACUUAAUAGUAAUUCCUUCUUUUAACUCAUGUACUUACUUUGUAGUAUAGAGCACGCGUUCGCUCCCGAGCCGAAACUAUGUCAAUGAACGGGUUGUCAUACCAUUUAUAUGUUACGACCACACACAGGAAAGUAGUGCUAAUGAAAUAGACUUUUUGACCGCGUAUUUUAUGUAUCUUCACAAGGUUGAGAAUGAAAAUGGUGCAAUGUUAAUGUAUUUAUGGAGUGCAUGAAGUGCGACAGUAGUCGAACGUUGUUGGGAUGAAACACAUUGCAGCAAUACAAUGCCAAAUAGCCGCUGCUCUGUCAAUAGAAUUUGUUGAAAGUUUUAAAUCCAGGCUGAUAGGUAGGAUAGAAUAGCUCUUUGGUGGCAUUCCUCCAAUUGUAAUGAAUGACACCAAAGAUAAUGCACCCCAUGGGAUUGUAAUCUAUUACCGCCAUAAAAAUCAGUAUAUUUCAGCAGGCUUUAGCGGUAAUAUAUUCCAGUCACGGGUAUGUAUUAUAGGUAGGAUUUUUGUAUAAAAGUAUAAUUUUUCACUAUAUGCUAAGAUUUUGUCAUAAUUUGAAAUAGUGCAGUGUUGACACACAUUGUGUUGUUGUGUUGUGUCUCGUCUCAUGCGCCGAUUCGGUUAGUAUUCAUUGUGUUGGAAGACUGAGAUUGAUUAUUCCAGUUUCGAUGAACGAGGGAGUUAUUUGUUGAUUGAAUUUAAAUAUAAAGUCAUAUAUAUAGUUAGGUUAUAUUUUUUAAUAAAUAUAAUAUUGAGAUAUGUAAUAUA